GCGGACAUAGCACAUUCGGCGAAAGGAUACGAGUCAGAGGAUGAAAACGCGGGCAGAAAGUGGCAGAGGGCCAGCGACGAACGUCCAGCCAGUAAGACUACCAUGUACUCAAAGCAGGAAUUCCGAGAACAAUACUGCAUCAACAACAAACAACUGGAUCUGCUGGAAUUGGAGAAGUCCAAGAAGGAUAAAUUCCUCGGAUGUCUCUCCCAAUAUCACAUCGAGAGCCCCUGUUCGAGAGCCAAUAGAGCAUCAUUUCUAUCCGUGUGCGUCCGCCGACGUGUGCCCUCAGAUGAGAAUCUCAACACCGAUUAUGCACCCAUACAGCGGUAUCCCAGGUUUGGCCAACCCACCCCGGCACCGCCCGAGCUAUGCGCCUACGAUGCCGACCUGGAAUGCUCAUACUUCCGUCGACGUCCACGGUCGGUGUGCAGCCAACCUGACCCCAAGCGGUAUACAUGGAUGCCUGAGGACGAAGACUUCACCCGGAUGGAGUGGCCACAAUCGGUAAUAGAAGAUAACGCGGGUUGGCCGCAGAAUUAUAAUGUGGACCAAAUCGCGUCAGUCGUCGCUGGUGGUUUCUCUGCCGAGGCCGCCUUCUAUAAUACC